AUGAAAGGAAACGUAAUAAUGAAUAAUCUUUUUAAAAUUUGUGCUUGUGUAAUUUUCAUAUGGAUAUAUAAUCCUUAUAAUAAUUUGGUAUACAAUGUUGAAAUAACAUCAAACAUAAUGUUCAAGAGAUCACUGUCAAAACAUGUACCUAAAAAGGAGUUAGAUCGCUCAAAAACCAGAUCAAAAUUUUUAGAAAGGGAUCCGUAUAGCAAUGUCAAAAGUACUUCAGAUGAUUUGACAAAAUAUGCACAGCUAAAGAAAAAGGGACUAAACGAUUUGGACUUAUAUAGGAAAAAUUAUAAACAAAGAUAUUCUAAAAAGAAUGUUUUAGGAAAAAUAGAUUGUUAUUGUGAAAAAAAAAUAUUUGAUAAGUAUGAUCGUAUAGACGAGCUUGCACUUAAAUUUCAGAAAGAUAAAAAGUCCUUUAAUAAGAAAGUUGACAAAAAAUUUUGUAUUCCCCUUAUUUUAUUUGCAUUAGUUCCAGUUCUUGGAUUAAUAAUACCUUUAUUAUUUAAUAAAUAUAGUCCGAUAGUAAAAUACUUGUGUUUGAGUGAUUGCACUCAUCAUGGUGGUAAUAGUUUUGAUCACAGUAUAGGUGAUUAUACACAGGUUUCCAUAGAUAAGAAAACAUGGGAAAUAAUUACACAAGUGAAUAAUAUUUUUUUGUACAUAUCAUCUGUUGUUCUUCUUUUAGUGCUUAUAUAUGUACUUGUAAAAGUUAUAAAGUACAAAAAAUUAAAAGAAGGUAGAGAUAAAAUGAGUUUAAAGGAAUAUUAUUAUUUUACUAAGAGUCUCUUUUAA